UGAACUAUACUUAGCAGCCGUCGUUGGUAUUAUUCUAGCAGUGUUCACCAGUGUUGUCUGGUUCAUGUUAUUGCAACUAUCUUGAAACUAAUUUUUUAAAGUUGCCGUUUUUAGCCCCAUUUUGAAAAUUACUUUUUUGUUACCUCUAAAGCCUUGUUUUCGGAGUCAGCCAAACAUCUUUAUUUAGGUACUCACACGGAACGUUGUAGAUUUUACUUAGAUUUUACCUAUAAACAGUGCCAAUGGCGAUGUUCACUCACUUGUUGUCCAUAUGUUGAGUUUCAAUAUGUUGUCCUGUGUAAUGUUAUGUUGUAUGUAAGUUAAAUCUGAGCUAAAGUUUGGCGUUUUCUGUUCUUAAUUCUGUUUUUUUCAGUUCUGCAUUCUUAAGUAGUUUUCAAAUUCUUAGUUAGGCAUAUGAAAUUUUGAAGCAUUUGUUUAUUAGCAUUAAUCUAGAAAUUGGAUUUCUUUGUUUCUUUCUUAUGUGUUCUACAAAGAAGCUCUUUUUUAAAGUGCUUUAUUGGAUGUGAUGCUUCCGAUAGACAGCUUAACAGGUGAGCCAGACGUUCUUUGAUCCAUCAAAUUGAAAUCAAAUUUGAUCUAUUCUAAAAAGCUAUUUUACGAGCGAACUAUUCGUUUCUGCUCUGGUUUGAUUUUCAUGAAGUUAAACCUUGCCAUAUUUAAGAAAAUUUUAUCACUGAACAACUACAUUUCGAAACUAAGAAAAAUAAAACUGAUGCUAUAUGUCAACGAGAGAAAGGAAAACAGCAACAGAAGCAGGAACAAACUGUUUUUGGCUUUCCUUGCUUUUCAUAUAAUUUUUGAAGAAAAACACGAUGACGUUUUAAAUGAAAGAAAUGAAAAUGUUCAUCGGGAGCCAGAUGAAAAUGGAACCGUCGUCAGCACUUAAACACGAUCUGAAUGAAUCUUCUUUCUGAAAAGGCCUGAAUAAACAGGAGAUGCCGAAAGCUCGAUAAGAUCUAGCAUCGAGAAAAAGUCAGCAAGAUUCUGUGUGUCGGUUUUUUGGUUUAUUGCAAUUGAUGAUAAGCUUAAUGACAUAGAUAGUCUCUCCCGUAAAAGAUACGAUCGAUGUAGGUAGGGGAAAUUUGUACCAGAAAUACAGUUGGGUUGAAGCGCUAGGAAGGUUUUCCUUAUAAAUAGCUUGCAAACCCGUUUAUUACACUAGCAGUGACAGUACCCAACAACGAUAUAAACUUGAAAAUUGGCUCACUCCACAUCUAUAAAUAAUCAACAAGCCACGAUGACAACUUUUGUUAGUUAUUAUUAUGCACUGAAUAGAUAAAUUUCAGCACUGCUUUUUUUAUACCGAGAGGCUGCCGGUUUACAAAAUGAAAAGGACAAAGAAAGUAUUAAAAACAAUGUAUCAACUAAAAGACAUAAUGUUUUAAUUAGCGAUGCUAAUUCAAUUACCACGAUGAAGACUGUAUGUCCUUUGGUACAGUUAAAUUCCUGUGCAAAUUGAAUGGAAUAUGAUUUUUUUAAUAAGGGGAUUGCUGUUCUUUUCAACCCCGUCUUUUUCACAAGUGACGUAUUUUAUAAGAAUUCUCAUGAUAGUCACACACCUGCCAUGACACACAGACAGAAGUAGUUUUGGGUCUUUCGGCAAUAGAGUACAAUGAAAUAAUUAUGGAUUGUCACAUCUUUUUUCUGAAGGCGAGUCUGAAGGGACAUAAUACCUUUCCACGAUCGCGAUAAGGGGCGGAGGGUUCUAUGAAAUAGCCUAUACUGACGUUCUUUCAUGCCAGUUUUAUAUAAAUCUGCAAUGGCAUGGACAUUGUGUAAACAGGGUCCAAAAGAACGUCUCUGAAACCCCCCGAAACACGAAAUAAUAGAGGAUAUCUGCACCAGUGUCCUCCUUUGAGACGGCAAUGUUUGGGCAUUCAACAAUAGCUCAUCAAUAAUUAAUCAACUGUAGAGAAAGCGGAAAGCGCUCAAACAAUGAGAGGACGUGGCUAAUCGACAUUAUUAGUCAUAUUAAAAUAGUCAUAUUAAUGUUAGUUGGAGGUUGAACCGCUCGGCCCCUUACAAUGCCAGAAAUUGUUUUGCAUAACAUUAAAACAUUGCACUUUUGCUGGCUUCUUGCCAUUUUCUGCUGCUACUCCGCGAUCAAAGGAUCAACAGCAAUUGGAAGAAAUGCAGAUUGGAUGGCAAGAUUGCCCAAAGAACUAGUAAACUUACCUCUAAGAGGCAUAGCAAUACCUGGCUCACAUGAUUCAGCAAGCUACUCGUUAAACAGCACCAACGACCUUGCACCAGACAUUCCCAAAAAGGUUUUGAAUGUGAUGAAUCUGUCAAGAGGAUAUAAAGGCGCAGAACAAUAUUUAAGAAGUGAAAUUUACCGCUGGUCAAUUACCCAAAGACUUGACAUAACACAACAACUUGAACUUGGCAUAAGAUACUUCGAUUUGAGAGUAUUUUACAAAGAAGGUGAAGAUAGGCUAUACACAUACCACGGACUUAUUGGAGCACCAAUUGAAGAAAUACUCUUGCAAAUGGCUAAUUUCCUGGAUAAUUAUCCACGAGAAGUUUUGCUUCUAGACUUUAACCACCUCGAAAAAGAGUACAAUUUCUCCCGAAAGGCUAACAAAAAGUUAACGAAUUUACUAAAGACUACAUUUGGGGAAAAGAUCUUUACGAACAAGUCAACACAAGCGUCAUUAUCAACUCUCUGGAGCGAUGGCAAGAACAUAAUUGUAUUUUACCGAUCUCCUGAAGAGGAUUUUUCGGGAAUUGUUCCGGAAUUCGUAAUGACUGAGAAGUCCCUCUUAUCUCCAUUUGAUAAAGGAAAAUUUUCCAGUCAAAAGUCGUGGCUAGAGUUUAUUGAAAAUGGGUAUGAACAUAGGCCAACGAGCAGAACGUUUUACGUCACACAAGGGAUAAUGCAGCCUAGCAUUUUAAGCAUAGCAGCUUCGGGCUUAUUUGGAAGUGGUUCACUGGAGAAAUGGACUUCAGACGAUGCUACUAGGAGCUUGGUUAGAUGGCUGCACAGGUGCAGACGUGGUGUUGAUGGCAUCAACAUUGUUAUUGCAGAUUUUGUUGAAAAUCACAAUUUUACGGAAGCCGUCCUUAGCUUAAACCUUAACAAUAGUUCUUCUGACGUUUACAAAAACAGUCUUUUAAAGUAUAUUACACUUGUAAUUGUCUCUGUUUUUAUAUCUUUAAACUAGGUUACUAUUUGAUUUUGUUUACUUUUUAUUAGAAUGAGAAGAAUGCCACGAGUUUUGUCGGAAUAGAGGUAGAAAAUACGUUUUCAGUGAUACCUUAAAAUGUUUUGCAAUAUUGUUAACAAUAGCUAACAAUAUUAAUAAUAAGAAUAUUGUUAACAGUUCUGUCGGAAUAGAGGUAGAAAAUACCUUAUCAGUGAUACCUUAACAUGUUUUGCAAUAUUGUUAACAAUAGCUAACAAUAUUAAUAAUAAGAAUACUGUUAACAGUGCUGUCAAAAUAGAGGUAGAAAAAAACCUUAUCAGUGAUACCUUAUAAUGUUUUGCAACAUUGUUAAUAAUAGCUAACAAUAUUAAUAAAAAUAUUGUUUACAGUUUUGUCGGAAUAGAGGUAGAAAAUAUUUUAUCAGUGAUACCUUAUAAUAUUUCGCAUUUUCUUAUAUCUGCAAUAGGUCUUGCAAGAAGUUAAAGGGGAAACGAUAGUUAGGCUUUAAGAAGAAUGAAAGGGUUGUGGACUUCAAUUUACAAAUUAUCUGCAAGUUUACUAAUUUGCAUUUUCUUUAGAUAAACUAAAAUGUUUGGUCAAAUCUUUUCAAACCAGUCUGGAUCCUUCAACUGAUGAAAAACCUUUUGGCAAAAGAAUUCAUUUUGGGAGAGCUAAAAUGUGAAACAAAUCUGGAUCUCAAGCCAAUACAACAAAUGGUUUCGUAUGACCAAAAAUCACGGCCAUUUUACGUUUUACUUGUGAUAGUUUACUUUUUUAUGUAUAACAUAACAUUGUAACGAAAUAUAACCACAAUUUGUAACGCAAUAAUAUGUGCUGGUACUUUUAUCUUGAAUUAACAGUGGCGAGUAAGAAUUGCCAAGUACAAGACUUUUUUUACAUGACAUUCUUCCUUCGAUAACUAUACAAUAUGUAAAAUGCAUACAAUAACAGUAAGAAUUGUGGAUAAACCGUUUUAACAUUUUCUUGUAGCUGUGUAUGCUGAUACUAAUUUGCAUAUUUCAUGUCGGUUACAUAGUUAACUGAACACAAACGGCAUCUGUUUUAUAUUGCACUUUGGAAAGUUAAAUAUCGUUUAUUCAAACUAUUUUUCAAUUUGUCGUUUGUUUAUUUUAACAACCAUGGAUGCAUAUGAUUACUUGUAACUUAAGAGUGUUCUGAAACUUUCUAAUUCAGAAUUUUGCAAGCUUAUUAGAGUGUAGUCGCAAUUUUUGUAGAAGAGAUGUGUUAUUAGUUUGAUUUAUAGUUGUCUCCUUUAAAGUUGAAGUCUAUGCUGCAGAUAGAAGAACAGGUUAAUGAAAUGAUUCUUUAUCGAAUUAUAAUGCUUUGUUUUCCUGAUAUUGAAUUCAAAGGUGCUCUUGGAUGUGUUACUUCUUCAGUAACGCCAUUUUUUGUCCCUUGUUUUUAUCGGAAUUGCUGUCAUAUCAAAGAAAGAAGUUAUGUUACGUUACAAUGUAAUUAAAGAAUUGAUAUUUUUCCAUAAUAGGGUGGUGAAGUUAUUGGUAUGGUUAUUAGCGACCAGGUCAUCCAUGGUUCAGUUAGCAAAUACUGAGACCAAAAAGCGUUUUUAGCUCUUCUUUUUCCUUAGUUUAAAAUGCAACUCUAAUAGAUCAUUCUUGGUAUUGUGCAAAUAGUCAUCACUCUGGGUACUAGAGCCACAUGAAUUCGAGAGCGGAAAUAGAAGAUAGGUGUGGAGAAGCGAGGGAGCAUCACGCGUAAACUAGUCAUUUGUCCGACAUUCACUUCCGCUCUACACAAUUCUUUUAAAUUUUUUGUUCAUUUAUAGAUCCGCUUGAUUGAGCAAACUGUAAAUUAGUCUGCUAAUAAACGAUUAAGGACACUUGCAUCAGUGUGAAAAAUAACCUUUGUCAGGAAGGCAAAAGGAAAUGCUUGAUAAAAAAGAGUUAUUUUCUCCACUUUCCUGAAAAUGGUGUCUUUUCCAAAGUCAGUUUUGGCAUCCUCUACGAUACAUGUGAAAUUCUACAACGCUCCCAAGUUGGUCCUAGACCUUCAUUCAACCCAUUAUGCUUCAGUAGCUUAUAGCUAUUGUAGCUUAUAGCAAUUUCGCUUGGAAAAUCACUAAUCUGCAACUUUCAACACAUUUUGCUCCCACAUUCCCACAUAAAACUACAAUCCCGAGGCUACCGUAAUCAUGUCAGGCAUUUGACUUUUUU